UCUAUAUAAUAGAGUACUUCUUGAGGGCUGCUGUGGGAUUACUAGCCCUAAGUCAGCAAGAGAAAUCUAUUCACCUGGAAUCUCUGGAAAUGUUCUGAGAAGGGGGAAGAAGAGAGAGGUGAAAUAGCAAGACUUGUGAUUCGAAGCAGAAAAAUGAGGGAAAUCAUCAUUUCUUCCGGCACAUCCAGAAGUGAUUGCUCCUCACCCUGGACUCUGCGUUAGCUGUUGUUCUUGAGAACUUGUAAAGGGGCCAUUCCAAAAGCCUGGGGAUCGGCCAAACCAGUGAUCUCACCAACUGAAGGAGUCAUGGGUGCCGAGCGUUGAAGCAAAGCCAUGAACUAUGACCUGAAUGAUGAAAUAGAGAGGAGGCUCAUUAAAGCUGCAGAUGGGAAGUCAGGGAAGAAGUAGAGAAUGUGGUCUUGGCAAGCACUUUGGAGAAUGUGACCCAAAAAUGUAUAAAAAGCCUCAGGAAGCAUGGACAAUCAUGACGUCAUGACAACACAGGAACCUAAGGUCCAAGGAAAGCAACCAUGGCAUCUGUCACAGGACCACAUCUGGAACGGAAGAAGUCACAGUUGCCACUGCAGACAGCGCCCGAGUGGCGGGGCAAGGCACCCCAACCAACCAAGCCAGCCCCGCCGGAGGAAGCAGAGGCUGCCACCACAACGGGUGAUGCAGGGGACCGGCAUGCGGAACGUCUGGGGAGGAGAAGAGGACGGAUGUCACAGAAUGGAAGCAGGGAAGAGCAUCAAGGGCCUGGUUCUCCUGGGAGUAGAGACAAGGAAAGACGAAAAGAGAGAAGUGAAUGUCCGAAUCACCCUCUGAAACUUGAACAUGGCACCGCUGCUUCCCCUACAAAGAGGAGAUUAAGCGAGAUGACUUUCCAUGGAUUGGGUGACGUGAAUGUCUCUGGGAUUCUCGGCAAGAUGCAAGGUUACCAACCACAUGUCGAAGAUGUGACGUUUCUUAAACGACUGAAAAAUCAGAAGGAAGCUGAGACUUUAAAGGUUAAAUAUUUACAAUUACAAAAGAAGGCAAAUGCAGUGAGUCAAAGGAAAGAUCUUCUUGUUGAACAAAAGGAGAAAAUUCAACGGGAAAUUCAAAACAUGAAAAUACCUUACGAGAGAGCAGUCCAGCUCGGAAGAGCUUUCCUGGCCAAGAAAAUGAACCCUGCCUCGGUAGACAAAUUACCAGCAGAGGCUGUUCUGGAGCAACUCGACCCAGUGGUCCUACAGCACUUCUGGGAGGAGCGAGCGGCUCAACUCCAGGCCCAGCAUCAAGCCUGGAACCAGCAGAGGAAGAAACCCUCCUCCUCCCUGUGCUGCUCUCAACCACACCGGGAGAAAAUCAGGUUGGAAAGAGAAUCUUGCAAACAGAUUGAGAAGGCAGAAAUCCAGGUCCAGCAAGCACAAGAAGAGAUGGAUGAUCUUAAACGUAAAGUAGAAGAAGUUCAAAGCCAAGUAAAGGCAGUUCAGGUAUGCUUGAAUAAUACUAAAGCUCAAAUAAGCCAUUUGUUGGCUUUAAAGGAGAGGGCUGAAGCUUCUCUGCCAGCCGAUAACGAACAAGAUGUCGAUGAAGAACGUUUACAGAGAAGACUAAAGCGCAUUUUACAUCGGAAGGAAGUCUUUUUAGCAAGGGAAAGAAUAAUACAAAAACUAGAGAAGUGAAGGUUUUACCUCCCUGCAGGACUUCAGAAUAUCAGUGGUUUUAAAACCAUUUCAAAAGUACCUCAAGUGAUUGAAGGAAAGCAGAGACAGCUAAAAGAUACACUCCUAUCUGGUUGAUCCAGGGUAUGGAUAUCCUUUUUCAGAACCAUGUAGAAAUGGAAAGAACCUGGAGAAGACAUUCUUUUCUGCCAGAAUAUGUGUUUUAUCUACACGUUCUGGCUAGAAUGCACUGGCAGCAUUCUUAGAACAACAUGAGCCUAUUUAAGUACCCUGCAGCUACUGCGUCGGAAGAAACUGUCAUGGCACGCAUGUGGUGUGGAACACAGUGAGUUCUGCAACACGCAUUUUCCCCAGCAAGAGAUUCUACAAGAACACAGCACCCGCAUUAUGAGAGAAGUGGCAUUUAAUGAAGGUCUACUGAGUGCAGCUCGCUUUUUAAAGCGCUCUGGCAAGUACAGUGGAGGCAGAAAUGUGUUCCUUGCCCAUGAGGAGCUAAAAGUGAGAUCAAUAGAAUAUUUAUAAAUAGCAGGAACAGGUGGAAGAAUAGAGGUCAGAUCUGCUAGGAUGAAAUAUCCAAAUUAAGGAUUGAGUAUACAGUUACGUUGUACUGAAGGUUCGAGUCUCACCCUUCAUCCCACCUCCUCAGCUCUUGAACUUCAGGUUUUUGUUUGUAUUUAUUCCUCUUAUUUAAUGACUUGUAAUGUGACAGUCAGUGCUUCCCACCUCAUAAGAGGUAUUCUAAAUAAACGUUUUAAUAUUCUGCAGAG